CCCCCUCCCCCGGCGCCGGCCAAGUGAGGCGGUGAUGCGGGCGCUGGCGGCCCCGGCUGCGCCGAGAGCGGAGACACAGGCUCAAGAUGGCAGAUUCCGACUGAGGCUGGGGGGGCCGAGCUCGCGCGCCGCGUUCCCUUCUCCGUUGCCAUGAAUCGCGGACACCCCGGCCCCGAUGGCCCCCGUGUACGAAGGUAUGGCCUCACAUGUGCAAGUUUUCUCCCCUCACACCCUUCAAUCAAGUGCCUUCUGUAGCGUGAAGAAACUGAAAGUAGAGCCGAGUUCCAACUGGGACAUGACUGGGUACGGCUCCCACAGCAAAGUGUACGGCCAGAGCAAGAACGUGCCGCCUCCUCAGCCAGCCACAACCGUCAGCACCUCCCUGCCGAUCCCAAACCCCAGCCUACCUUACGAGCAGACCAUCAUCUUCCCAGGAAGCACCGGGCACAUAGUCGUCACAUCAGCAAGUAGCACUUCUGUCACCGGGCAGGUCCUCGGCGGACCGCACAACCUAAUGCGUCGAAGCACUGUGAGCCUCCUUGACACCUACCAGAAAUGCGGACUCAAGCGGAAGAGUGAGGAGAUCGAGAACACGAGCAGCGUGCAAAUCAUCGAGGAGCACCCACCCAUGAUUCAGAACAAUGCGAGCGGGGCCACUGUCGCCACUGCCACCACAUCGACUGCCACCUCCAAAAACAGCGGCUCCAACAGUGAGGGCGACUACCAGCUGGUCCAGCAUGAGGUGCUGUGCUCCAUGACCAACACGUACGAAGUGCUCGAGUUCUUGGGCCGAGGGACAUUCGGGCAAGUGGUCAAGUGCUGGAAACGGGGCACCAAUGAAAUCGUGGCCAUCAAGAUCCUGAAGAACCACCCGUCCUACGCCCGGCAAGGUCAGAUCGAGGUGAGCAUCCUAGCCCGCCUGAGCACGGAGAGCGCUGACGACUACAACUUCGUCCGCGCCUACGAGUGCUUCCAGCACAAGAACCACACGUGCUUGGUCUUUGAGAUGUUAGAGCAGAACCUCUAUGACUUUCUGAAGCAGAAUAAGUUUAGCCCCUUGCCCCUCAAAUACAUUCGCCCAGUCCUCCAGCAGGUUGCCACAGCCCUGAUGAAACUAAAAAGCCUAGGACUUAUCCACGCUGACCUCAAGCCAGAAAACAUCAUGCUGGUAGAUCCAUCCAGACAGCCGUACAGAGUGAAGGUCAUUGACUUUGGUUCAGCCAGUCACGUGUCCAAGGCUGUGUGUUCCACCUACUUGCAGUCGAGAUAUUACAGGGCCCCUGAGAUCAUCCUUGGUUUACCGUUUUGUGAAGCAAUUGAUAUGUGGUCCCUGGGCUGUGUGAUUGCAGAGCUGUUCCUGGGCUGGCCGCUGUAUCCAGGGGCUUCUGAGUACGAUCAGAUUCGGUAUAUUUCACAAACACAGGGUUUGCCGGCAGAAUACUUAUUAAGCGCGGGGACAAAGACAACUAGGUUUUUCAACCGUGACACAGACUCGCCGUAUCCUUUGUGGAGGCUGAAGACACCAGAUGACCAUGAAGCAGAGACGGGGAUUAAGUCGAAAGAAGCAAGGAAGUACAUUUUCAACUGUUUAGAUGAUAUGGCCCAGGUGAACAUGACAACGGAUUUGGAAGGGAGCGACAUGUUGGUAGAAAAGGCGGACCGGCGGGAGUUCAUCGACCUGUUAAAGAAAAUGCUGACCAUAGAUGCGGAUAAGAGAAUCACUCCGAUCGAAACCCUGAACCACCCCUUUGUCACCAUGACGCACUUGCUUGAUUUUCCCCAUAGUACACACGUCAAGUCAUGUUUCCAGAACAUGGAGAUUUGCAAGCGCCGGGUGAACAUGUAUGACACGGUGAACCAGAGCAAGACCCCCUUCAUCACACACGUGGCCCCCAGCACAUCCACCAACCUGACCAUGACCUUCAACAACCAGCUGAACACUGUCCACAACCAGGCUCCCACCUCCACCAGUGCCACUAUUUCCUUAGCCAAUCCCGAAGUCUCCAUACUAAACUACCAAUCUGCACUCUACCAGCCCUCAGCGGCGUCCAUGGCCGCAGUGGCCCAGCGGAGCAUGCCCCUGCAGACGGGAACAGCCCAGAUUUGCGCCCGGCCUGACCCCUUCCAGCAAGCGCUCAUCGUCUGUCCACCUGGCUUCCAAGGGUUGCAGGCCUCGCCCUCUAAGCAUGCUGGCUAUUCUGUGCGAAUGGAAAAUGCAGUCCCCAUUGUCACUCAAGCCCCAGGAGCUCAGCCUCUUCAGAUCCAACCAGGUCUGCUGGCCCAGCAGGCCUGGCCAAGUGGGACCCAGCAGAUCCUGCUCCCCCCGGCGUGGCAGCAGCUGACUGGAGUGGCCACCCACACGUCGGUACAGCACGCAACUGUGAUUCCCGAGACCAUGGCAGGCACCCAGCAGCUGGCUGACUGGAGGAACACGCAUGCUCACGGCAGCCAUUACAAUCCCAUCAUGCAGCAGCCGGCGCUAUUGACUGGUCAUGUGACCCUUCCAGCAGCUCAGCCCUUAAAUGUGGGCGUGGCCCACGUGAUGCGGCAGCAACCAACCAGCACCACCUCCUCCCGGAAGAGUAAGCAGCACCAGUCCUCUGCCAGAAACGUCUCCACCUGCGAGGUGUCCUCCUCUCAGGCCGUCAGCUCCCCUCAGCGGUCCAAGCGCGUCAAGGAGAACACGCCUCCGCGCUGCGCCCUGGUGCACAGCAGCCCGGCCUGCAGCUCCUCCGUCACGUGCGGCUGGGGCGACGGGGCCUCCAGCACCACCAGGGAGCGGCAGCGGCAGACCAUCGUCAUUCCCGACACCCCCAGCCCCACGGUCAGCGUCAUCACCAUCAGCAGCGACACGGACGAGGAGGAGGAGCAGAAGCACGCCCCCACCAGCACUGUCUCCAAGCAGAGAAAAAACGUCAUCAGCUGUGUCACGGUCCACGACUCUCCCUACUCCGACUCCUCCAGCAACACCAGCCCCUACUCUGUGCAGCACCGCGCCGGGCACAAUGCCACCACCUUUGACACCAAGGGGAGCCUGGAGACGCACUGCACUGGGAACCCCCGGACUAUCAUCGUGCCCCCGCUGAAGACCCAGGCCAGCGAGGUGCUGGUGGAGUGUGAUAGCCUGGGGCCAGUCAACACCAGUCACCACUCAUCCUCCUACAAGUCCAAGUCCUCCAGCAACGUGACCUCCACCAGCGGUCACUCUUCAGGGAGCUCGUCCGGAGCCAUCGCCUACCGGCAGCAGCGGCCAGGGCCGCCCUUCCAGCAGCAGCAGCCUCUCAAUCUCAGCCAGGCUCAGCAGCACAUGACCGCAGACCGCACCGGGAGCCACCGACGGCAGCAGGCCUACAUCACUCCCACGAUGGCGCAGGCUCCGUACUCCUUCCCGCACAACAGCCCCAGCCACGGCACGGUGCACCCCCACCUGGCCGCCGCCGCCGCUGCCGCUGCCCACCUCCCCACCCAGCCCCACCUCUACACCUACACGGCGCCCGCGGCCCUGGGCUCCACUGGCACCGUGGCCCACCUGGUGGCCUCCCAAGGCUCAGCGCGUCACACCGUGCAGCACACUGCCUACCCGGCCAGCAUCGUCCACCAGGUCCCCGUGAGCAUGGGCCCCCGGGUCCUGCCCUCGCCCACCAUCCACCCGAGUCAGUAUCCAGCCCAGUUUGCCCACCAGACCUACAUCAGCGCCUCUCCAGCUUCCACCGUCUACACUGGAUACCCACUGAGCCCCGCCAAGGUCAACCAGUACCCUUACAUAUAAACACUGGAAGGGGAGGGGAGGGGAGGGAGGAUGGCCAGAGGGGAGGAAGGAGAGGAGGAGGGAAGAGGUGGGAGCUGGGCUUUUUGUGCCGCACAUAAACAAUGCAAACGGGGCAGGGGAGGGGCAGGGGGCAGGGGCGGGACACAAAUGAAACUUGAACUAGGAAGUAGGAGGACUGAGAGCAGAGAAGAGAACAUUUUAGGAAGGAAGGGGUUUAAGGAGGGGGGAAAUCUAUGCUUUUUAUUUUAAAAAAAGAAAAAGGACAAAAAAGAAAACGUCAGUAACAGAAAACACAGCUCACGAACCCAUUCUGCACCAAACUGGAAAGGAGAAGGAAAGAGUGACAGAAGAUUCCAGAAGUAGGGGGGCCUCGGUUUUUGAAGAACUUUAUCUAUGAACUUUUCAAAGAUUAUUUUCAUUAUGGCAGCAAGUGACAUUUAAGAAUUUGCUGUCGGGGACACCUGCUACGGAAAUCCAAUAGAUUUUUAAUGAUUGAACGUAAGAAUUAGGGAUUUUUCCAGAACUCUAAAGAGUCAGCAGCCCUGUAGAAAGGUCAGGCCAUGGCCUGAGGAGGCUGAUACCGGGGGUGGGUCUGGGGUCGGCAAAACCGGGUUCUGACUCGCUUGCCAGGACCGAUGGGGGUGCUGAAGGAGGACCCCGCGAGAAGGAGGAGCCCAGGAGAGGGUGCACUUUCUCUUUCUGAGCACUCUGGAUGAAUCCCUAAGCAAUGAUAGUCCUCAAGUGUCACUAAUAAUGUGUGUUGCAAACUUUAGCUUCUUUUCUUUUCUGAAGAUUUCUCUUCUCUUUGGAUCAGUCCCUCGUGACAUAGCGUAGGGCUCACGGCUGUCGCCAACACCCCCGUAGACGUAGCCACCUGCACCUGAUUGUUCUGCUUCGUGUUCUACCCUAAGAAUACCAAUAGACUAUUCCUCAACGUACUUGCACAAACAAAAAGUGAUCUAAUGUAGGCAUGUAACCCACGCGGUGGUCCAGGUGUGUGCACGUGGGUGUGAGUGGGUGCUGCCCUCCUGCCCCCCCGGCACCCACUGCCCCCGGCUCUGCAGUCUCGGUUUUACAUCGUUCCCUCCUAGUGCCUUACCGACCGAUGGACGCGGUGUGAGGGUUUACUUCCACGGUACUCCAAGAAGCCGGCUGAGGCGAGUCACGUCAUCUCGGCCCUUCUUCUGUGCUGUUGUAACAUUUUACUCUGGUCUUUCCUUUUUUUUUUUUUUUUUUUUAAUUUCUAUUUUAUUUCAAUACCUGUUGUCUUUCCUGGGCUGUUUGCUAGCAGAGGGGGCCAGGGAGCUGGCAGGGGCUAGGAGAGCCCAUGGACCUGAGAUGUGGGAGAUGGAUGGUGGUGGGUAGAUCUGACGAUGGUGAUGACUUCAGUUGACUGUGACUUUGGAGACAGAGCAAGAGAGACUCCCCACCCUUCACCCUCACCUAUUUCUUCCCGGGGGACCAGCUCUGCCAUUUGUGGGACCAGAGGUCCCAUCUGUGUCUUAGGGGUAUUGGCCUCUCGCCAGGCAGCUGCCUCCUUCCUGAUGUGGGAGGGGCCAAGGAGAGCCGCCUCCUGCCUCCAGGCCUGGCACAACCUUCCUGUGGUCGUCCGCAGGGUGGAGGGGAGACUUGGAGCCCGGCCCCCUGUUCUCAGACCCCCACUGCCCUCCACUCUCACAGCCCUGCCCUGCUCUCCUCCGGCUGCGCCGGCUGGGUUUUGCUCUCACAGCUCCUCCCUCUUAGACAACCACCACCCGUGGUUUGCUGCUGAAUCCUUCCUCGCAUUACCCAGACCUACCCAAGGCAUGCCUCUGUUUUUGAUUUUAGAGGGGUCUUGUGGGCAGAAAGCUGGAGGGAGGGACACGUGUGAGGGUAACCAGGUGGUGUUACACUGCACUUUGGAAAACACUCCCACGGGCAGUUAAGUUUCCAAGGAAAUUUGCCCUUUGCCCUCUUUGCCCCUUUGAUACAUUCUGGAAAUUUUCUCAGGCUUUGAACACUGGUUGGGGUCGGGGUGGAGGGGUUUCUCUGUCGAUAGCAAAUUACUCCUAAAGGCAUGAAUGUUGGGAGACCCUUAACUGGUCAUAGAUGGCGCUUUAAAGUGUGGUCCUAAUCGUUUGAUUCUUGAUGCUGUGUCCUUAACAGACCCCAAAGUCAAGUUUCCAAAGUGCAAAGAGGUGGCUCCCAGUUUUGGACAGCAGUCCAUCCUCACCCUUCCCCACUGUCCUUCCUCACUCUGUGGUCUCCUUUAACGAUCUACUGUGAAAGGUAUUUUAUCGUAAUAUCCAAACCUAAUUCAGUAACGAAGCCAAACGCUUACCUUAGCUCUUAGCUGUGAAAUGUGAAAUAACGCUGGAAAUUUCCCCUCUCCAACCAUAAAUUCUACUUACCCUACAAAGAAAUCAGUCCCCAGGUUGGAACCAGCUUAGUCCAGGCCUUAGGCUGGAAGGAAGGAAGGACACCAUGAACACUGGAGGCGGGGCACCCUCGAGCAGACCCCCAGGUACCCAGCCGGGGAGCCGUUUGCGGCAGGACAGGUUGCUGCCCUCGUGGCGUCACGAUCAGUACAUCUUCUUCUGGAGAUAAGGAAGUGCCAUCGAUCUGAGACAACACGAAAAUGGCCCAUCCAGAGAGGGUAGGGGGUGUAUAGCCUUUGGAGGACACACGAGCCAGGGUGCUCCCAGAGCCGCGCCAGCCUGGAGAAUCAUCUCUGUGCUGGCCUUUCGGCGUCCAGAGGGCAGCAGUGCCCAGUUACAGAUGUCUCGGCUGCAGACGAGCCAGCAUUUUUGCCUUAUUGGGUAGCAUCCUGGAACCCUUGUACAGUUCACUUCCAGCCCUUUCUAGGUCUGAGCUUUUACAGGAAAAGACAACAUAGCCUUCCAGUUUAAAGAAGAUUAUUUUGUCUCUUUAAGUUGGAAGUUACUCUUUCACCUGACAUUUUCUUUCCUUUUCUUCCAGAUCAGGAAUGAAGGUUCCAUGCUGCUCAUAAAGAUAAUAUUAUUGUACUAGUUAUUUUGGUUAUUACUGUUGUAAUUACUAUCAUAAUCAUCAUUUUGAUACUUUAGUUGGGGUUUUAAGUGCACAUUUAUUCCAAGUAUCUUUAUGUUUUCUCUUUAAUAUUUAAAUUUAUUUUAUUGUAUCUGUGAGUAUCUGAGUAGACAGGAGGGACAUACAGAUGUCCAGUUUUGUCAGACCAAAAAAAAAAAAAAAAAGGAAAGGAAAGAUCCAGGAAUUAGAAAAAAGCUAUUGAGAAAGAUCCAAGAUCCAUCACAGAACAAAAGUUUGAAGAAGAAUCAAAGCCUUUAUCUCUACACAGGCCAAACUGGGCUCUGGACAACGUGGUCUCACCAACAGUACUGUAUUUUUGUAGAUUCUCGGUGGCCGGAGGAAAUCUGAGGAGGCAUCUCAUGGGCUGAACUUUUAAGCUGUGGUCCUCUCCCAUCUGCCCUGCACUUGUGAAAUCUGCUAACUAGAUCCUGGGCCUCCCUCGCAUCUGAUAUUUACUUGUCAAUUGAAAAAAGCCCUUCUGGUCAGAGCUGACCCAGCCCUUUUCCCAGUGUCCCCUCUUCCCAGUGUCCCUUCUUUUCCCAUCAGCACACCAGGAGUUUGACUUAUAUCCUUCAGUGAAGAGAUAAUUGUCCCCUUCUGGAAGCCACUGGAGACAGCUGAUGGAAGGUGCCAGGCAGGUGGUACCUUCCCCUGGGAAAUGAUAGCCUCCUGUCCCCUCACUAACCACACUGCCCACUUCUUCAGUCCCCCCUUUCCCUCCCCCUGCCAACAUCUUCUCAGCACACAAUUCUAGAGACAAACUAUCAAGUCAGAAAAAAAAGGUGGAGGGAUGGUAGGAGACUAGAAGAACAGUGACAAAGUCCAGCAGCCCCUCAGACGUGGGCCACUGCCCCCCUGAAAUUGUUGGCCAGCAGAGGGGUCCAGUGGGGCCUCCCAGCUAUGCCCACUGGGCUCCGACUGUGCCCCUCAGGCACGGUGCUGCGUGAUGGCUUUUUUAAUCAGCUUGAGGGGCUCACACGCUGCCCACCAAACCCAGAAACUGCCAAGCCCCAGAUGAAGGAAGGGUCAGAAUGAUGGGCUUCACUGAAGCCAACCAAGGGAGAUAUCAGGCAGUGCCCAGCCCACAGGAGCUCGGCAAACAUGGGCGCCCUCCCCGAAUCCCCACCUGCCUUCCUCUUCCAGCCCAAGCACACGACUGUGGGCUCAGAGCCUCAGGAAGAGACCCCAGUGCAAGAGGCCAGCCUCUGCGUGUGCUCCACAGCGCUUGCCCGAACUCCCACCCCAUCCUGCAGUCUGAGUUUCAAUAAAAUGUCUGUCCCUAGGAUCCAGCUCUCAAGUAGAGGAAUGCUAACCUAGUCCUGAUUUAGACCACAAAUAACCUAGAUCAUCUGCUCUGAAAUUGGCUCCAUCUUUCUUUACUGAAGAAGCAGUGUGAAGGCUAAGAAGGGAAGCUUUAAAAGAACAGGUCAAGGAGAACUCGUAAUUGGAGCCUUAGGAACCAUAGGUCGAUUUGUUUCCGCUCGGUGGGGUCUUACUGAUCCAUCUGGAUGUUUACACCCGUGCCUCUGCAUGUAGUGCCUCUUUCAUGAUGUUUUGGCUGUUUCCAAGGGAAGGGGUGAGCAGGCUGAUGGGUGGGAGAGUCUGAGGCUCGAUGCCAAUUAAUACUGUGAAGUGGAGCAUGUGGUUGAUCGAAUUCAGUGAGAAGGGUUGGGGCAAACCGAUGGUUGUCUCCUGGACUGUGUGUGCGUUCUGGCCUUACUGGCGGUGAGUGGUUGGCGGGCUGUGGGAGCCAGCUGGCCUUGUUCCCUUCACCCUGGAAGACUCAACCCGCCCAAACACCAGAUUGUUGGAGGUAAGGAAGGGAAGGUGAGAUUAGCCCAGCUGCUAACUGGCGGAUUUCCCCUGACCAGAUCUUUGGAAUUGCAAACACUCAUUUUUGAACAAGCUUGCGCUGGAGGAUUUGGGUUGUGUGAGUGUGUGUGAGUGAGUGGAGCAGACUUUCUUGGAAACUGGAGGAAGGAGAUGAGGAGGCUUAAGGAACUCUUGCUGAUGGGCCGUGGUUGAUGAAACGAGGUGCGUCGACGGGCUUGCCCCAGCUCUCAUCCCGAGGUCUCUGGCGCUGCAGGCAGGGUGGGGCAUGGGGCUCUUGCUGACCUGGUCAGUAGCUGCUAGGACAGAAAACAGAGAGAAGAGACUGGCUGGGUGCCCUCAAGCAGCAGGGAGGACUCAACAGAAAGGCCAGGCUUCUUCCACAGGCCUGGCCCUGGACUUCUCAGCGCCAGCACGAGCCGUUCUGCCACGAAACAUUCCAGCCACAAGGACCGUGCAUGCUUCUCUCCCAGUCUCUGUCUUCUCUUCCUGGUGUGUCUUACAGAUUUUAGAUGGGGAAGCCUCAGAAUUGAGCAGGCCAGAGCUGUCCUCACCAAAUUGGAAAGGAAAGUGAAAGUGUUCCUUUCUUUAGCCAAAGAACCCUUCUCAAAGACACCCCAGCUAUGGACAGAAUGGCGUUCCUUUCUUUCUUCUCCGGGCAAUAAUGACUUCGUCACUGAUGCGAUCCCAUCUGUCUUUCUCUUUCCUCUCUAUCCUCACUUGUAUUUUUUUUUUCUUUUGCAUUUAUUUCAAAACGGCUCAUCUUGUAAGAGGAGUGGAGGUUAGUAACCCUAAAUGCUGCUGCUGCUGUUGGGAACCUGGAGGCACUGCCCGGAGCUGUGGGCUUAACUAAUCUCAUGUUACCUCGGGUAUGGACCAGAGCAGACCUGCCAGGAAGUGUGGCUGCGUCGGGGUUUAGGUGCGCGCGGGGGCCGGGCGCGGGUGUCUGUACUUUUCUGCUCUGAUCCCUGGGACUCUCACUUCUCAUCUCCACAGACUAGAGUCGGUAAAGAAUUGGAGAUGGCAAAAUGACACUUAAAUGCAGUAGAAACCUUUCCAAGGCUUCUGGCACCCUUUCCCACUACAGUGACCCAACCUGGGAGAGGUUUCCCGCAUCAUUCUUGCAGCUUCUAGAAGUUCCAGAGAGCCAGCUCCCAGCCAGUGCUUCUCCCGAGACUCCAAGAGAGUUUCCAGGGCAGUGACCCUCCUGCAGGGCACCCCUGCUCAGGGUACCUGUACCAGAAGGGAGCUGCCCGAUGCCCCAGCUUGCCUCCCGCCAGCCUUUGAGAGCCCCUAAUCUCAGACCCUUGCAGCAGAACAUUAUGUUGUCUCUCUUAUUGGCUAAAACUUGACGUGUCCCUCAGGUGGGUCACAGCCAACAUUUGCUGAACGCUUUCAAUACCCCAGGCUCAGACCCAGCCUUCUGUGAGCGUGACCUCACGUAACCCUCACAGCCACCCCAUUAACAACACCCGCCACUUACAACACCCCCAUUUACAGAGGAGGGCGCUGAUGAGAAAGCUGACACUCUAAGAAAGCUUGUGUUAAAGGAGAGAAAAUACAAUGGUGGCCCGAGAUCCCCAAGUUUCUACUGAAAUUUUUUGUCAAUCAGACCUUUACGGAGAUAUGCUUUUGUUUCAACCAUUUUAAUAAUCCUCAGUGAGUGGCCUCGUAUUUCUAAUGAACUAUUUAAUGAUGCUCCCAUUUUCUGUGUGCCAGACACUGUGCUGAAAAUCACUCAUGUUUAUCCUGUUUCAUUUAGUCUUCACAACAACCCUAUGAAAUCUGCAUUAGUGGUCCCUUUACAGAUGGGGCAGCUGGCUUGGGGAGCUGGUGACCUGCCCAGAGUCACACAGCUAGUAGGGGAGCCGGGCCUUGAACCUGCAUCUGCCCAGCUCCAGAAUGGUGCUCACAGGUGCCAGCCUCGGCUGUCUCCUCGGCGUCUGUGUGCAGAAAAGCCUUGAAGGAACAUGGCCCCAUACCACCCCUGCCCUGUGCGUGGAACUCAGCAGAAGGUCUGUGUGAAGAGGGAUUCCUGAAUUGGAUCCAAGCAGCAGGGGCAGAAUCAGUUUGACUUUUAGAGAAAAUCUUAGGGGAGUUUCUUUUGAGUCAUAGUGGAGUUCAUUUUCGAUUCCUUUCCAGUGUACCAACUAGCUUUCGUAGUGCUGCUGCUACAACAAACUCUUAUCAGAGUGAAGGGGAAAAAAAGUGUUGUUUUUUUCCUUCUUUUAAAAAAAAAUAAUUUUUUUCUUGCUUAUAGUUAAUUCUAGAAAAGGCAAUACUAAAGGUAUAUAUUUUUUUCAAAAUGCUAUUUUUUACUGCACUGAUAAAUAUCAUGACAACUCUGGUCUCUGUAAGCUAUCCACUCUUCAGCUCUGGGUAGAACCAGAUGCGGGAUUCACACCAAAUUUGUAAAUACCAUGUGUGGGUCUAGUGUCCAGGAACUGUUUUCUUUGUGUAAAAAAAAAGAAAAGAAAAAAAAAAGGAGAAAGACAAGAUGGCUUUUAGAAAGAGGAACAAAAGGUUUUCUUUUGAGAGAAACUUCUCAAAGAAAUGGAGGGCAACCAUUGUUUCAACUGAGAAAAACCAGCCAACUUUGAGGUUAUAAGGAAGGAGAGUCUCUUGCCGAGGUAUGAGAUGAAUAGUAAUACAGAAGCAUUUUUAUUUUGGUCGAAAGGGGGCAAGAAUUUAGAAAUGCUUUAGGAUUAGAUUUUUAAUCUUUUAGAAAACAAUUACCGUUUGUCACGAAGCAUCUCCUCAGUUGUUUGGGGUGGAGUUUCAUUUCUUUUUUAUUUUAAAAACUUCUUUAUUGACUGGCUCCGGGCUUGUUUGCCUCAAUUCUUAGGUAGUUUACACAAGUUCUAGAAUCUUCUAGAACUUUAAUUCCAAUGUAAGCAAACCCAACUAAUCAGAUUCAGAGAUCCUGGUUGGUUUGCAUAGGUCUUCUGGAAUUCUGACAGAACACCUGAAGGUUUUUUUAAAAGAAGGUUUUAGAUACAUUAUCUUACACAAACUGUGACCUGAUGGCAAUAAUUACCUCAAACGUGGGCAUUCAUCCUGGUUUUAGCCUUUUUUGAAAUCAUGUAGCCAGCUUGAUCUUGGGAUUUAAAAGACUAUGAAUUCUGUGUGGGUUGAAAAUAAUGAUUAAUGCAUACCCUGGUCCUUGUUGCUUAGGUGAACUCUGAAAAUAGCUAAUCUUCACAACAAAAAUUAAACCAAGGAAGAGAUUAUUCUUUGUGUUUUGUAAUCAAAUGUGAUUUUCAAGUGCAUAUGUUAAGUAUAUAUGUUUUUAGCCACUGUAAAAUGCUGUUAGCCUUCUAAGAUAUCGAGAGAGUCACAUUUUAAAAUUCAUAAACUAAAUAAUUGACUGUGGAUACUUAAGCAUAUUUCUGGCUACGUUUUAUAGUUAAAGUGUUUUAUAGUUUACAUUUCAACUGGUACUUUUAAAAGAAAGUUUCUGUUUAUAACUGACAUCUUCAAACCCCAGCAAUCACCUCUUCAGUAGGAGGCCAUGUUCCCCCACAGCAGGUGUGUUCCACCCAUCCUGUUGUGUAGCCUAACAUGAGCAUUUCCCUCUGCAUUACUGGUUUCCAUGUGAACGCGAGAGAAUGUGAAAGGAUUUCCAGGUCUAAUGGGACAGGGUGAGCCCACAGCCCAGGCCAGAUUCAGAGAUCUCAUGCCAUGUUGUAUCCACACUGGUCUUCAAGGCCUUCUCUUUGACAUCUUGGAAGAGGCAGAGAGAACAGAUCCCUGGUUUGCCGAUCUUUGUCUUGAUGUGAAUGUUUACCUUAUUCACCGGUCCACUGACUUCCAGUCACCAGGCAGUGGGAGACACUGGGAUGCAGGUGGCCCCAACGGUGCAGCUGCUAGUUCUGGGCCCCCAGCGAUAUGUUGAUGGGUGUUUUGCAGGGAAAGUCACACACCCCUGUGCCCGUAUUUAUUGGUCAGCUUUUCCAAAUACCUGCUGUCAUUUAUUGCUUUUUCCCUUUAAAACAAAGUAAGUGUAAAAGGAUGGGUUUACUUUUUACUCUUUGUCAAACUUCAGUUUGAAGCCUAGGUCACCAGGAGGCGGGACCUAGAUUGUUUCCUAGAGAUUCUUAGUGCUGGUGAGCCGGAACAGGGGGCUGGGGACUGAGGGGCACGGGGGAGGGGCAGACCCAUCCAAGUGGAGAUGAUGAUUGAGAGGGGGCCCAUCGUCCUGCAGGAACAGCCUGGAAGGUGCCAGUGUCCCUAAGAGUUUUGGUUAAUUUCUUUUCUCUUGUGCCACAGCCUUAGUGCAGAGGACCUGCUGUGAGCUAAAGGGCAUCCCUUUAGCAGAUAACACCUCGAAAACUGCAAAACACUUGGAACCAGGCAGGGAACUGGUGGUGGUUCUCAAUGCACUUGCUUUUUCCCUGUGAACUCUGUUGGUAGUAUGUUCUUAUUACAGUUUUGUUGUUAGAAUCAUCAUUGUAAAAUCUUUUGCUUUUUGCCCCUCCUAAUUCUACUCCUACUUUCUUCUGUUUGUUUGGUUUCUUUUUUCCUGUGUUUUAAUUAACCAAAUGAAUUUUAUGUCCUUGUCUUUGGGGCUUAAUCAUAAAAAUAGAGGCAUAGAAAUUGGCUUUAUUUUUUUUCUUUAGUAAAUAGAAUAGGGCUCUGCCUUCGCUCUCUAGUUCCAUUUAGCCAGUCUCCACACGAGCCUCCUAGUGCUGCCACCCCCUUCCUGUGUUGGGUCACUGUCUCCAUGGCCACCUUGGCCUCCACCUUGCUGUCACCACCGCCCCACACCCAGGCACCCAGGACCCCUAGGAAGCUCUCAAGAACCAGAAAGAAGGACCCAUUUAUCCCUGUGAGUGGUGGUCUUGCCUCCCUGUUCGAUAUUGGUUGAAGGGGUGAUGGAUUUAUUGUGAUUAUGAUUAUGAUUAUUUUAAUAGUUUGGCUCAGGUUAUAAGGAAGAACUUGGGAAUUGGAACGUGACUUGACCAUGCGCAUCCUUUGUAGCUUUCUGUGACUUCUGAAUGGAUCCUAAAGCGGCCCCACCCCACCCCCGACCCCCGCCUCCCUUCCUGCAGAUACUCCUGUUGGCCGCCUCCACGCUGCCUGGUUUCUCCCCACCGUCUCACUCUCCCUUACACGUCUCACCCUUCCGCUGUUGUGUUACCGCUCCCUGAAAACUUCCUUCUGUGGCUUUUCCAGGGCACAAUCAUUUCCGGUCUCCAAAGCAUCUCCUCAUCCUCUUUGUGUGCAUUUUUUUAACCAAAUGAAGCAGGCCAGGAAAUCAUACUUUGGGGCAGCAGAAUUUCUAGUCUAGUAGAAUCACUGUAUAGAUGUAGCUGUUGAUAUAUAUGUUUGUGUAUAUAUAUAUCAAACCAAAUUUCUGAUAGGAGAAGUAUAGCUUUACGGAUGAGGGGGAAGAGGAACUUUCAGAAGUCGGAGUCAGCAUGGGCGUCUCAGACGGGCCCGGGAUGGCCCGGGCUGCACCUUCGCUCCUGCACAGCGGAGGCAGGUGGCCCCGAAGGGUACCACUGCUCUCUCUGGGUCCUGAGCAUAGAUGAGUGAGAGGGGCAACACAUCAGAAUGACUGGAAUUUUCCAUUCCGUUUUGCUUUGACCACAUGUAUUGAGCUGCAGCCUCUGAUAUAUCACAUUUCCAAAUAUGGUAUCCAUUAGGAUGGGAAGAGAACGGAUCUGUUGAAAUGUUUACCUUUCAACAGCCCGUGAAUUCAGGACACUCUGGACAGAAAGACUCACUCCCCAGAAUGAGAACAGGGAACAGGAGACCCGGUGAGACUCGGUCACCGGUCUGAGGAACGUGGCCCCUCCCCGGGUCAUCUCGCCCAGAUCUUUCUCUGCCAGGUCAUCUCAGCUCAACUACCCUAUGGAAGCCCUGGUCUGUUGUGUUCCUUCACUGUAUGGUUUCUGUAAUAAAAAGUGUUAAUCCAUGUUAAUCUUUGUGAAAAUUAUUGCGUGCAACAGUAUUUUCUCGUGUACCUCUUUUUCCUAUGUGAAUUGUCCUCUUUUCUUUUUUUAUUUAUAAAUGUCUACUUUUUUUUUUAAAGACAAACCAAUGUGUUGUAGGCCUAUAUGUAACCUAUUCCUUAGUCUCAUAUUAUAGGUAUGUUAUAAGAAUGGAUAUUUUACUUGGCUUUAGAAUGUUUUACAAGAAAAAUAAUUCUUAACUGAUCAAGUCCUUGCUACUAAAAUGCUUGUGUUUUUCAUCAUGACGUCGUGUGCUUCUAAAUUAAUGAUCAUUUUCGUUGUAGAAAAAUGGAGUGAAUUUAUAUUAGUCUUGGAAACUAAUAAUAGCAUUGUAAAUUUAUGAGAUGAUUUUAACAGAAAAAAAUUAUAGAAGAAUAUAGUUAUUUUAAUUGUAAUAUUACUAACUGUAGGGUGAGAAGGGGGGGGUCCCAUUGUGGUGAACUAUGUUAUAGCUUGUUACUCACAGUUUCUUUUUGAUCAUUUUUUCGGUCUCUGAGGUGAAACGACUUAUUAAUUAAAAUUUGUAAACUCACAUAUGCAUAUUGUAUAUGUGUAGAAAUGUAAUCACACUUUGUCUUGGAAUUACAUUAAACUGUUUGGAAUCACUGUA